AUGGCGGCGGGAGUGGCAGCCUGGCUGCCUUUUGCGCGGGCGGCGGCCAUCGGGUGGAUGCCAGUGGCCAACUGCCCCAUGCCCCUCGCCCCCGCCGACAAGAACAAGCGGCAGGAUGAACUGAUCGUCCUCAACGUGAGCGGCCGGAGGUUCCAGACCUGGCGGACCACGCUGGAGCGCUACCCGGACACGCUGCUGGGCAGCACGGAGAAGGAGUUCUUCUUCAACGAGGACACCAAGGAGUACUUCUUUGACCGGGACCCAGAGGUGUUCCGGUGCGUCCUCAACUUCUACCGCACGGGGAAGCUGCACUACCCGCGCUACGAGUGCAUCUCGGCCUACGACGACGAGCUGGCUUUCUAUGGCAUCCUCCCGGAGAUCAUCGGAGACUGCUGUUACGAGGAGUACAAGGACCGCAAGAGGGAGAACGCCGAGCGGCUCAUGGACGACAACGACUCGGAGAACAACCAGGAGUCCAUGCCUUCGCUCAGCUUCCGCCAGACCAUGUGGCGGGCCUUCGAGAACCCGCACACCAGCACGCUGGCCUUGGUCUUCUACUACGUGACUGGCUUCUUCAUUGCCGUGUCGGUCAUCACCAACGUGGUGGAGACGGUGCCGUGCGGCACGGUGCCCGGGAGCAAGGAGCUGCCCUGUGGAGAGCGCUACUCGGUGGCCUUCUUCUGCCUGGACACUGCCUGCGUCAUGAUCUUCACCGUGGAGUACCUCCUCCGGCUCUUCGCGGCGCCCAGCCGCUACCGCUUCAUCCGCAGCGUCAUGAGCAUCAUCGAUGUGGUGGCCAUCAUGCCGUACUACAUCGGCCUGGUCAUGACCAACAAUGAGGACGUGUCCGGUGCCUUCGUCACGCUCCGGGUCUUCCGCGUCUUCAGGAUCUUCAAGUUCUCGCGCCACUCCCAGGGCUUGCGGAUCCUGGGCUACACGCUCAAGAGCUGUGCCUCUGAACUCGGCUUUCUCCUCUUCUCCCUCACCAUGGCCAUCAUCAUCUUUGCCACUGUGAUGUUUUAUGCGGAGAAGGGCUCCUCUGCCAGCAAGUUCACGAGCAUUCCUGCCUCUUUUUGGUACACCAUUGUCACCAUGACCACACUGGGAUAUGGAGAUAUGGUGCCCAAGACAAUUGCAGGGAAGAUUUUUGGUUCCAUCUGCUCCCUGAGUGGUGUUCUGGUCAUUGCCCUGCCGGUUCCUGUGAUUGUUUCCAACUUCAGCCGGAUUUACCACCAGAAUCAGAGAGCUGAUAAACGCAGGGCACAAAAGAAGGCUCGCCUGGCCAGGAUCCGCGUGGCCAAAACGGGCAGCUCCAAUGCCUACCUGCACAGCAAGCGCAACGGACUCCUCAAUGAGGCACUGGAGCUGAUGGGCACCCCAGAGGAGGAGCACAUGGGCAAGACCACUUCACUCAUCGAGAGCCAGCACCACCACCUGCUGCACUGCCUGGAGAAAACCACUGGGUUGUCCUAUCUUGUGGAUGAUCCCCUGUUAUCUGUACGAACCUCCACCAUCAAGAACCACGAGUUUAUAGAUGAGCAGAUGUUUGAGCAGAACUGCAUGGAGAGCUCGAUGCAGAACUACCCGUCCACAAGAAGUCCCUCGCUGUCCAGCCACCCGGGCCUCACCACCACCUGCUGCUCCCGCCGCAGUAAGAAAACCACACACCUGCCCAAUUCCAACCUGCCGGCCACUCGCCUGCGCAGCAUGCAAGAGCUCAGCACGAUCCACAUCCAGGGCAGCGAGCAGCCCUCGCUCACUACCAGGUGGCCAUCUGUCUCUACAUGGACCCCGGUGAUCCUGAGACGUGUUAGUAAAGCCUUCUCCUACUGCCAAGCACCUGCAGACUCGUGCCUGCAAGUUAUAUCUGUGUGA